AUGGCGCCGUUAAAGUCGCUGGCCCCUUGGGCUCUGUCUCUGGCUCUGGCCGCCGGACCGGGCCUCGCCCAGCCCAUGUUCGAGUUCCCCGAUUGCGAAAAUGGCCCGCUCGCCGAUAACCUCGUGUGUGACGUGACCGCCUCCCACGCUGACAGGGCCGCCGCCCUGGUGGAAGCCAUGACCAUUGACGAGAAACUGCGCAAGCCCCGGCGCACCUCGUCUCGGCCUCCCCGCCUACGAGUGGUGGAACGAGGCCCUACACGGCGUCGGAUACUCCCCGGCGUCGACUUCCAGGACAAGGGCGAAUUCGCCGCCGCCACCUCCUUCGCCAACCCCAUCCUCCUGUCCGCCGCCUUCGACGACGACCUCGUCCGCGAGAUCGCCACCGUCAUCUCCACCGAGGCCCGCGCCUUCAGCAACGCCGGCCACGCCGGCCUCGACUACUGGACUCCCAACGAUCCGCGCCGCAUCAAGGGCUACGUCAAGGCCCUUCUCUCGGGCCUCGAGGGCGAUGACCCUUCCAAGAAGAAGAUCAUCGCCACGUGCAAGCACUACGCCGGCAACGAUAUCGAGCGCUGGGGCGACGUCGUCCGCCACAACUUCUCCGCUCCCAUCUCCCUCCAGGACCUCACCGUCCUCCGCGACCACUGGGGCUGGGACGAUGAGAAUCAAUACGUCACGAGCGAUUGUAAUGCCGUCGGCGACUUCUACACGGAGCACCACUGGGUCGAGACCGCCGCCGAGGCUGCCGCCGAAGCCUACGCUGCCGGCACCGAUACCGUGUGCGAGGUGGGCCUUCUCACCGAUGUUGUGGGCGCGUGGAACCAAUCUCUCCUCACCGAGGAAACAAUAGAUAGGGCCCUCACUAGGCUGUACCACGGCCUUGUCCGUGUCGGAUACUUUGACCCGGCCGACUCCUCGGACUACCGGUCCCUUACCUGGGACGACGUCAACACCGAGCACGCCCAGAAGCUUGCCCUUCAAUCCGCCGUCGACGGCAUCGUCCUACUGAAAAACGACGGUACGCUACCGCUGGACUACGACGCGGCCACCCCGAUCGCCGUCAUCGGGCACUGGGGCCGCGCCCCGUCCAGAUGCUCGGAGGAUACGCAGGCACCGCGCCGUACUACGCCACGCCCCUCUCCAGGACGCCCUCAAGCCGCCGAGAACGCCGAACUCGUCUACUUCUUCGGCGGCCUCCACCUCAACAUCGAACGCGAGGACCGCGAUCGCACGUCCAUUGCCUGGCCCGCCGCCCAGCUAGCCCUGCUCGAGAAAGUGUGUGCCCUCGGGAAGCCGUGCGUCGUCAUCCAGCUGGGCGACCAGAUCGACGACGCACCGCUGCUCAACAAUGCAAACGUCUCGGCGAUCCUGUGGGCGGGGUACCCUGGACAGGCAGGUGGCACAGCAGUGUUUGAUUUGCUGUAUGGAAUAUCUGCCCCAGCAGGCCGGCUUCCCGUGACGCAAUAUCCCGCUUCCUACGCUGUGGACGUACCCAUGACUGACAUGACGCUGCGCCCGAGCGACAUAAGCCCCGGGAGGACUUACAAAUGGUACGCCGAUGCGGUUCUCCCCUUUGGCCACGGCCUUCACUAUACCACCUUUGAAGCCUCCUUUGCCUCCGAACUCAGCGCCACCUAUGAUAUCCAGGAUCUCUUGGAGACGUGCGAGGAACGGUAUUUGGACCUUUGCGCCUUUGAUACUGUGUCUGUGGCGGUGGAGAACACGGGAGAUGUGCUCUCUGACUUUGUCGCCCUCGUAUUCGUAAAUGGAACCUAUGGACCAUCUCCCUAUCCGCUCAAGGAACUUGUGGGUUACCAUCGCUUCCGCGACGUGGAUGGAGGUGAGUCGCAAGAAGCCGACAUCCACCUGACCUUGGGCGACAUUGCGCGCGUUGACAUCAACGGAAACGCCAUCGUCUACCCAGGAGUUACACUCUGCAGGUAG